GAAAAAUCUACGGCCACCAGCAAGUCGCAAAGCGCAUUUACCAAAAAUAAUUCUCUCUUUCUGCUCUCUCUCUCUCUCUCUCUCUCUCUCUUCACACUCAACUACCAGAGCCAUUUGCUACUGCUCUGAGUCUCUGACAUUUUUUGUACGAAUAUGAAGGACAAUGAUCCCCCAAAAAUUACAUCAAUACCUGCAGCCACAGCCGCUGCCACCACCACCACAACAAUAACACCGAAGAAGCAUGCCUCCGAUGGUUUUCUUUUUCGUAAAACUCGAUACAAGUUCUGGGUCUUAGCUGCAAUUCUCCUUCUUGCAUUUUGGUCCAUGUUCACUGGCUCCGUUACUCUCAAAUGGUCCACCGGUAACCUUUCCCAUCUCAACGACGAUCUCGACUUUCCGAUCCUCGAUGAUGAUCUCGACAUCCUUGAACUGGAGGAGAAAAAGCAUUUGGUGAGGCGUAUGUGGGAUAUCUACACCCAUAGCUCAAGCACAAAAUUGCCUCGUUUUUGGCAAGAGGCUUUUGAAGCUGCUUAUGAAGCUUUGGCUAGUGAUGUUACUGACAUUAGAGAUGCUGCCGUUUCCGAGAUCGCCAAGCUGUCUCUUCUCUCCUUCAAUCCUCACCCGCUUCCCGUUCAAUUUACACCAGACACAAGCCAUGGGUUUGAAGAGUCCCAUGCUAAAAGAGGAAAGCAAAAGGUCUAGCCAAUAACAGGAUAUCUUGUUUUUAUUUUGAGCAUGUUGAAACUUGUUGCGCCUACUCAGAGUUUAACAGGAGGCUGCAACGGAUUGGAACUUUACAUCAUCUGUUACACUGAUAUAAGAGAUCAGUUACGUAACACUCCCAUUUGCCAGUCCAUUUUCUUCUAUAACAAUCAAUAUUAUAUGCUGAAAGUGAUUGUAUAAAUCUUUCUUUCAAAAUAAGUACUGCAUACGUACAUGUAAAUGCCUUUGGACGUUGAACUUGAACUGUUCUUUGUAAUGGUCAGAAAAGUAAACAGUAUCAUCACUUGAUUCUCCAGACUUGUAAAAUUAUAAAUGAAUAUGAAUUUCGUUCAUCUUUUCA